AUGUCGGCUGCGACGGGAGCCGCCGGGGGUCACACGCCGGCCCGGCCCGCCCGCUCGCCCGCCGCGGCAGCCAUGGGGCCGCGGGAGCCGCGCCGCCGGCUGGAGGCGGUGCUCGGCGCCCUCUACGACCUGGGUGAGGAGCCCGGCGGCGCUCGGGGUGCUGCGGGGGAUGGCGGAGCGAGAGCAGUGCCGCCGCCAGCGGAGAAAGAAGAGGAGAAGGAGGCGGAGAGACGGGAGCCGGAGCCGCAGCAGGCGGCGGGCGGGCGGCGCGGGGCCCGCGGCUUCUUCGGGGAGCUGCGGGCCGAGCUGAGCGCCGCCGGCGCUGCCCCGCCGGCCCCCGCCCCGCCCGCCGUGGAGGUCGUGGUGUUCCGCGCGAGGAAGAGGAAGGAGCGGCACGGCCCCGCCGCAGCGCCCGCCGGCCCGGCACAGACCCAAAUAGUGAAUGAAGAGAAAAAUGAAGUCAGACAAGAAUUUAACUUUGAAAAGGCUCGCCUGGAAGUGCACAAGUUUGGGAUCACCGGCUACAAGAAGCAGGAGCAACGUAUUUGGGAACAGGAACGUGCCAUCAUGCUGGGAGCCAAGCCCCCCAAAAAGGCACAUGUGAAUUACAGGACUUACCAAGAGAAACUGAAAGAGAAAAAAGCAGCGAAGGAUGCUGAUAAGGAAAAGGAACAUAAAGGUGAUGCUGUUAAGAAGAAGAAGAAGCAGAAAGAACAGAAGGAGAGGAUUUUUCUGUACUACUCUGCCUCUGGAUGA